AUGGCGGCAUCACCGGCAGUGAGCGCCGACGCGCUCAAGGCCAAGCUGGAGUCGGCGCUGCAGGCGGAGUCUGUCUCUGUCGUUGACACAUCCGGCGGGUGUGGCGCGGCGUUUGAUGUGGGCGUGGUGUCAACACUUUUCGAGGGGAAGAUGCUCAUCGCGCGUCACCGGAUGAUCCACGACGCCCUGAAGGAGGAGAUGGGCGGCAUCCACGCGCUGUCGAUCAAGGCGGCCUGGACGCCCGCGCAGCAGCAGCAGCAACAGCCGCAGCAGCCGAGCCGGGCGGCGCAGCGCAUCAAGUGA